UUUAAUAUAAAAGAGAAUAGAGAUAAGACAGGGACACACUCAAUUUACAAAUGUGAGGGCUCUUGAAACAAGCAAGGACGAUCCAAAAAAAAAAACAGCCACCGAACGCGGAAUGGCUAAAACAAUUUAUUACUCGUCCACAUGCGAAGCCGAAGGUAACACUAUCGCAACGGUCUGCUGGGGCUGGUGGCAAAACAAAAGGAACAAAAGAAAAGAGAAAAAGAAUCGGCACCGUCUCCUGCACUCCAGAGUCAUCAGAAGACCCUCCCCAAGUCACCGAACAAGAUCGUCGUGGGCAGCACUCGCCACUCGCUCUCGCAGGCGGUGAGGCGGCGCUAUCAGAGCGGACUUCGCCCUCCCCCCACCCCCACCCCCACGUCCCCCUACAGGUAGCCCUGCAACCAUGGCCGCGGCGGCCGGGCUCAGCCGCCGGUGCACCGUCCGCUGACAAGUCGACCUUUCUCCUACGACAGCAACCGUCUUCGUCCGGUCCUGGCUGUUUAAAAGGAGAGGAAAGGCAGGAGGAGGGGAGGAGUUAGUGUUAAGCCAAUGGGGGCUAUUGGAGGCAAUGAGUCGGUGCAGUGGGAUAAAGUGGCUGGAGCUGAUGCUGUUAAUGGCGGCGGAACAAGUGUGGGCAGGAUGGACAGGAUACAGGUGCUGGUCAGGCUGAGGCCACUGAGCGAGAAGGAGGUUGCGAGGGGAGAGCCUGCAGAAUGGGAGUGCAUCAAUGACACCACUGUCAUGUUCCGGAGCACGUUCCCUGAUCGACCCACCGCUCCGACGGCAUACACAUUUGAUCGGGUUUUUCAUUCUGACUGUAGUACUAAAGAAGUCUACGAGGAAGGGGUUAGGGAAGUUGCCCUCUCUGUAGUUAGUGGCAUUAACUCAAGUGUUUUUGCAUAUGGACAAACGAGUAGUGGAAAGACUUAUACCAUGAAUGGAGUAACAGAAUAUACAGUAGCAGACAUAUAUGAUUACAUUAAUAAGCAUGAAGAGAGAGCAUUUGUUCUGAAAUUCUCAGCAAUUGAAAUAUACAAUGAAGCUGUAAGGGAUCUUCUGAGUGCAGAAAACACUCCUCUUAGACUCUGGGACGAUGCAGAGAAGGGCACCUAUGUGGAGAACCUUACAGAGGUUGUGUUAAGGGACUGGAACCACCUCAAGGGGCUUAUUUCUGUAUGUGAAGCUCAAAGAAGGACAGGGGAGACCUUCUUGAAUGAAAAAAGCUCCAGAUCUCAUCAGAUACUGAGAUUGACAAUUGAAAGUUCUGCACGGGAGUUCCUAGGGAAGGACAAGUCAACUACACUUGUCGCUAGUGCUAACUUUGUUGAUCUAGCAGGAAGUGAGCGUGCAUCUCAGGCGUUGUCUGCUGGCACGAGGCUAAAAGAAGGCUGCCAUAUUAACAGAAGUUUGCUUGCCCUUGGCACUGUCAUUAGGAAACUAAGCAUGGGGAGUAAUGCACACAUACCAUACAGAGAUUCAAAGCUCACACGCAUAUUACAACCAUCUUUAGGAGGUAAUGCAAGAACGGCUAUUAUCUGUACACUGAGCCCUGCCACUAGCCAUAUUGAGCAUUCAAGAAAUACUUUAUUAUUUGGAAGUUGUGCAAAGGAAGUAGUUACAAAUGCUCAGGUAAAUGUGGUCAUGUCUGAUAAAGCACUAGUAAAGCAUUUGCAAAAGGAAGUUGCUAGGUUGGAGAGUGAGUUGCGGCAACCAGCUUCAAAUUCCAGUCUUGAAGCAUUAGUAAAGGAAAAGGAUAACCAAAUUAGAAAGAUGGAGAAAGAAAUUAAAGAACUCAAGUCACAGCGUGAUUUGGCUCAGUCUAGAUUGCAGAAUUUGCUGGAGACUGUUGGGGACCAAGUGAAGCACUCGGGCUCAGGGAAGCGUUCAGCCCGCAGUCCUCCAUCAAUUGGAAUAUCCCCAGGCAUCAGCAGGGAUGAUAGUUCUCAGAUCUCUCACGAUGAUUCAGAUCUUUUCAAGGACGUGCGAUGCAUUGGGACCAGUGGAACAGGAGGAAAUGAACAGUUGGACCUGUCAGCUGGUGAAAGCAGUAGCCUUCAAGGUUUAAACAUGAAUUCUAGUUUGCAUGGAAGCGGUUCAAAUGCAUCAGUGAAUUCUAGGCGCUCAAGGCUCCUUAGUGAAUCUCCUAUCACAUUGGAGCAGCAUUUGGAGAAUAUCAAAAGGCCUUUUGUUAGUCUUGGCAGAGAUCUAGGAUCGUCGACACAUAACUCAUCAGGCUCCAGAAUACUUGGUAGAAGCAGGAGCUGUAGAUCACUUAUGGGUUCUACCAUGUUUGAUGGCAUGGAGAUGGAUGAUGGCACCCCUCUGCAUAGAAGUUUGGUUGGUUUCCCUGGAAGGCCUGAAGGGAAUCAUAGAAGGGGAUCAACACCGAACCAUGACGCAGAAAGUGAAACUCUUUCAAGAGCAGGAUCCGUAGUUUCAACCAAGACAAAUGCUGCAUGCGAUGCAGAGUUUACUGGUAUAGGUGAAUUUGUUGCUGAACUGAAAGAGAUGGCUCAGGUUCAUUACCAGAAACAGUUAGGCAAUCAGAUUACAAAUGGAGAAUUUGUAGACAUAAAGAACAUUGGUUUGGACCCGAUUGCUGAUGCUUCGCAAUCACCUUCUCGCUGGCCAUUAGAAUUCGAGAAGAAACAGCAAGAGAUCAUCGGGCUUUGGCACGCGUGCUGUAUUUCCUUAGUCCACAGGACCUACUUUUUCUUGCUAUUCAAGGGAGAACAAGCUGAUUCAAUCUACAUGGAAGUGGAGCUCCGGAGGCUAUCAUUCCUCAGAGAUACCUACUCUCGGGGAAACACCCCUAGCAAUGCGGUGGUAGGCAGCUUGAACUCUUCCCCCGCUGCGAGAAUGAGAAAUGAUUCUCCAAUGAACCGCUUCAUGCAGCGCCAAGAAGCUGCAGCGUGAACGGGAGAUGCUUGCGAGGCAGAUGCAGAAGCGGCUCACGGCAGAGGAAAGGGAGCGCCUGUACACCAAAUGGGGCAUUUCGCUGGACUCCAAGAAGAGGAAGCUCCAGGUCGCUCGCCGGCUCUGGACCGAGGCCGAGGACCUAGAACAUGUCAGGGAGAGUGCCUCCCUUGUCGCCAAGCUGAUCGGGCUCCAGGAGCCAGGGCAAGUCCUCAGGGAGAUGUUCGGGCUCAGCUUUGCGCCGCAGCAGCAGCCGCCCCCUCGCCGGCGAUCCUCCAAUGGCUGGAGAUACGGGAUCCCUUCGUUCGGCUGAUCGGAUCGGAUGAACGGUGCGAGCGACUGACCUAAGAGAUGUAACUACCCUCCCCCCCACUUUUUUUUUAUUAUCUUGGUGUGGUGUACGGUACCUUCUGAUUUCUGUAGUUUUUUAGUAGGAUACCUACCGGGCCAUCAUUUGUUUGUGCGGCUGGCUUCGUGCAUGCUUUUCUGCCUAGCCGCCGCCGAUCAGGCCUCAAUUGCUGACGACAUCGUCCUAUCCUACGACCGUAAUUGUAAUUCCUGACUCUUCUGUGUUAUCGUGUUGACGUGCGCUGCAACAGCGCAAUAGUAACGUGAUGUUCCAUUCCAUCAGGAAAAAAAAUCACUGGGACUGGUCCCUAUAGCUAAUCAUGGUCAUCUACCGUGAACUCA